AUGAGGGAGGAGACAGAAGCCCAGUCUAGUUCUUCUGAUAAGUGUGAAGAGGAGACAGAAGCCCAGUCUAGUUCUUCUGAUAAGUGUGAAGAGGAGACAGAAGCCCAGUCUAGUUCUUCUGAUAAGUGUGAAGAGGAGACAGAAGCCCAGUCUAAGGAGACAGAAGCCCAGUCUAGUUCUUCUGAUAAGUGUGAAGAGGAGACAGAAGCCCAGUCUAGUUCUUCUGAUAAGUGUGAAGAGGAGACAGAAGCUCAGUCUAGUUCUUCUGAUAAGUGUGAAGAGGAGACAGAAGCCCAGUCUAGUUCUUCUGAUAAGUGUGAAGAGGAGACAAGAGCCCAGUCUAGUUCUUCUGAUAAGUGUGAAGAGGAGACAGAAGCUCAGUCUAGUUCUUCUGAUAAGUGUGAAGAGGAGACAGAAGCUCAGUCUAGUUUUUGUGAUACGUGUAGAGGGAGACAAGCUCAGUCUAGUUUUAGGAGACAGAAGCUCAGUCUAGUUUUUGUGAUAAGUGUAGAGGAGACAGAAGCCCAGUCUAGUUCUUCUGAUAAGUGUGAAGAGGAGACAGAAGCCCAGUCUAGUUCUUCUGAUAAGUGUGAAGAGGAGACAGAAGCCCAGUCUAGUUCUUCUGAUAAGUGUGAAGAGGGAGACAAGCUCAGUCUAGUUUUGUGA